CAGGAAAUGAAAGAGUGCUGUACUCUGCAAUGCAUUUGUGUCCGUUUUACCUUUUGCAUGUUGUUUUUGCAUCCAUCGGAUUCUCUCUCUUCUCUCUUCAAUCUAUUCACUUUCUUUCUGUUUUCUAACCCUAUUUUUAUUCUUUCUCUCUCUCUCUCUCUAAACUCUAUAGAUUCUCAUCAUCUUGAUUAUACAGUUUCUUUCACAAUUCCUCAUCAGGUUCCCAUAUCCUUCUAUUAUACCACUCUACUGGGUUUUCUUCUUUCUUCAGUUCAUUUUCAGGAAGAAAUCCAUGCCUUCAUUUUUCAGUUAGUGGGAUAUCAAGCGUUCAGAUUAGCAAAUGGGGGCUGCAAGCUCUAAAAUAGAGGAGGAUGAGGCUUUGCAGCUCUGUCGUGAAAGAAAGAAAUUUGUUAGGCAGGCUCUUGAUGGCAGGUGCUCACUAGCUGCAGCACAUGUUACAUAUGUCCAGUCGCUGAGAACCACAGGAACUGCUCUAAGGAAGUUUAUUGAGUCUGAAGCUCCAAUUGAAUCUUCAUUGUACACUUCCACUAAUGCAACACCAGAGCCUCUCGCUUUAACUGAGAAGUCCCUUUCCCAUUUUUCAGUCCCCUCUCCAUCUUUAUCACACCCUGUGGAUGCAACUGAACACCUUUCUCCAUCACCAUCUCCUCCUGGAUCCACUCGGUUUCAGGCAAAUCAUAUGAAAUUUAGGGGGUUCUCUUCCAGAAAAGUUGAAGAGAAGCCUCCUAUAGUUGUUACAGGGACUGUAACUUCAUCCAGUACCCCACAGACAACCACACCUCGUUCCACUGAAAAACCUGAAACAUCUCCAGUUGAAGGUUCUUCGGUCCCUCCAGGAACCCCACCAUGGGAUUUCUUUGGACUUUUUCAUCCAAUUGACCAUCAAUUUUCUAUGCAAGAAGGGAAGGAGAUGAAGCCAGGGCUGGAUAAUGUUGAUGACUUGAGGCGGCUUAGGGAAGAGGAGGGAAUUCCUGAGCUGGAAGAUGAAGAAGAGAAACAUUCAUCUCAUGCUAGUGAGGACUCUGAGGAUUCAGUAGAUGAAUUCGAUGAUCCUCCUGCUGAUACUUUAGUUCGUAGUUUUGAAAAUCUUAAUAGGGUACAGGAUCAUGUUGCAGCUAGUGUAUCACCUGCCGUACCUUCUGCUGAAAGUGUAGCUUCAGAAACUGAGUUAUUAAAUGGGGAAAAAAGUAAUUCUCCUGAUAUGUCACCACUGAGAACUCCAACCUCAACAGUGGCUGUUUCAUCUGAUGCAAAGAAGACACCUGUAAAAGCAGAUCGAACUGCAAAUAAGAUUUCUCCUAAAGACUUCUUUUCAAGCAUAAAAGAUAUUGAAUACCUGUUCAUCAAAGCUUCUGGGGCUGGGAAAGAAGUUCCAAGGAUGCUUGAAGCAAAUAAAUUGCAUUUCCGCCCAAUAGUCCCAGGAAAAGAAAAUGGAUCGGUGGUAUCUAUAUUCUUCAAGGCUUGCUUCUCUUGUGGGGAAGACCCUAGUCAAGUUCAAGAAGAGCCCGCACAAAAUUCUGUGAAGUACUUGACUUGGCAUAGGACAACAUCGUCACGAUCAUCUUCUUCCAGGAAUCCUCUUGGAUCGAAUGCCAAUGAUGACACAGGGGAUCUUACUGGUGAUAUUUUUGAAAGUUUUUGCAUGAUCUCUGGCAGUCAUGCCUCAACCUUAGAUAGGCUAUAUGCAUGGGAGAGGAAACUUUACGAUGAAGUAAAGACUAGUGAGAUUGUCAGAAAGGAGUAUGACAGUAAGCGUGCAAUCCUUAGGCAACUGGAAUCAAAAGGAGAACAUAGCAGCAAAAUUGAUAAAACCCGAGCUGUCGUCAAGGAUCUACAUUCGAGGAUCAGAGUUGCAAUUCACAGAAUCGAUUCCAUAUCAAAAAGGAUUGAGGAAUUGCGGGACAAAGAGCUUCAACCGCAGCUUGAGGAAUUAAUCGAUGGGUUAAGUCGGAUGUGGGAAGUGAUGUUUGAAUGUCACAGGCUUCAGUUCCACAUCAUCUCGAUAGCAUACAACAGCAGGAGUGCCAAAAUCUCUAUACAGUCAGAUUCCCAUCGGGAGAUUGCCAUCCAUCUUGAAAAUGAACUUUACUCGCUGUCAUCAUGUUUUACCAAGUGGAUUGGUGCACAGAAGUCUUAUUUGCAGGCUAUAAACGAUUGGCUUUUUAAAUGUGUUUUCUUUCCGCAAAAAACAACGAAGAAAAAGAGAAAACAAACUUCCCCUUCAUUGACUUUGAGAAGAAAUGGGCCUCCAAUAUAUGUCACUUGCGGUGUUUGGUUGGAGAAGCUCAAAGCAUUGCCUGCAAAGGAUGUUGUGGAGGCUAUAAAGGGUUUGGCUGCAGAAACAGCUCACCUUCUACCCCACCAAGAAAAGAAUCAAGGAAAGAGUGCAAACCCAGCAUCGUGGAAGGCCGAAAAUGGCAGUGACUCGGGAAUUAAUAUGCUGAGAGACGAAGCUUCAGAUGAUUGUAUUUCAGGAUUUGACCGGUUUCGAUCAAGCUUGGAGGGAUUUCUUGGUCAGUUGAAUAAUUUUUCAGAGGGUUCUGUGACAAUGUAUGCAGAACUUCAGAAGGCGAUCCGGGAUGCUAAGAAUCCACAGCCCCAACCCCCUCUCCAACCACAAGUUUAAUUCAAAAAGAGAAUUGGGUACAAAGAAAGAGGAGGAAUUACACUGGUUUUCAGCUGUGAUUUAAACUACUGUAUGCAGGAUUGGUGUAUAGGAUACAUGGAAACCAUUUAUGGCAAAAAAAUGAAAUAAAGCACAUAAAAAAUCGUAAUGGAGAGGUCAUAAAAAGGGGGUGGCUUUGUAGUCUAUGAAGGUGUCAUCACCGGGUUGCUGCUGGUGGUGAUAAAUAGAGUUACUAUCCAGUGUAGCAGCGCCUGUAUAGUUUUUCCUGUCCUCUUUCCUGUUUUUUUUUUUUUUUUCAGAAACUAUAGGAACUCAAAAUCAUAUCCCACCCCUGUUUUUCCACAAUCUUGAAUACGUAGUUCAUUACAAUUUAAAGUUCA